UGUACACUAAUUUGUAAAUAAACAGUGAUGAUUGAAUCGUUAAGAGACAAUCAAAAAACACUUGAACCAGAACAACUGAACUAUGAUCAGUCUUCCAGUCCUCUAGUCCUAAUGAAGACUGUUCCCUAGUAAUGCCGCUAAAACAAGAUCGUCUUAUUCCCUUCCUUUGUCUGUGUUUCAUUAGUUACUCUUGUUGGCAUUGCUUGUUGGCGGAUUUAGGCAUGGCCAGCAUUACUUCAAAAUAUCUGGUCAAACAGACAAUGAUCGGACAAAAUACAUUUCAAUACAAAUUUGAAAUCACAGUUAGGGAGUUUUGGGAGGGAAUACAAUAUAAUGAUAAAUUGCUGGAUAUCUUCCUGGAUACUUUGAAGUCAAGUCAGUUCAAGUCUUUUUUCUUUGAGACUCCAAGUGUUACAUCUAACCUACUAGAAAAUAAGUUUGAAUAUGUUCUGGUAUCAGUCCCCCAACUGUCUGGUGUACCAGAAGACAAAACAGCAUUUUCAGAGCAUUUUACAGAUAGUGAUUCAGCUGUGAGUUUCCCAAAUUUGGGUAAAGAUGCAACACUAGUUUGUCCUGUGCCAGCUGUACAAAAACCGGUUUAUGCUCAUCUAGCAUUGUUUGUAAACAACGCUCCAGACGCUCAGGUUAAAGAUUUCUGGCGCGUAGCAGGGAGAGUUGUGUUAGAAACUAUCACCAGCAAGAAAGGUUCUCCAGUUUGGAUUUCUACAUCAGGCCUUGGCAUUUAUUGGCUUCAUCUUAGGAUCGACAGUGUGGCGAAAUAUUAUCAGUUCCAACCAUACAAAACAGAAGUUUACUAAAGGAAUUGUUAUUGUUGUAUGGAAAAUGUUGAUUUUUUUUUUAAUUUUUAUUUUUAUUACCAGAAAUAAGGAACCCUACUUUUCCCUCAUAAAACCUUGCAACAUUUAUCAUUUUUUCUGUUACCAAGGAGGACGCACAGUUCAAAACUAUUGUUGAUUUGGUAAAUACGUUGAUGCACUAUAAAUAAAUUGUAUUUUAAUUGUUUUUUUUCCUCACCUGUUUUGUAAAUGAGUCUUUCUUAAAUAUCAUUAUUAAUAAAAAUAUACAUAUACAAUCUG